UUCGGAGAGAUCGAUCAGAAACAGAGAGCAAGUGUUGGAAAAAAAAAAAUCUAAUAAUAUUUUUAUAUCUAAAUUUAAGACGCAGAAACAGCCGCGAUAACAAGGGUGAUAGGAAUGGAACGAGUGGAGGAAGUAGUGAUUGUAGGGGCGGGGAUAUGUGGAUUGGCAAUCGCGGUGGCGCUGAGGAGAUAUGGUAUCCAGGCCGUGGUGGUGGAGAGAGCUGAGAGUCUUAGAACCACCGGAGCUUCUAUAACGCUAGCUUCUAAUGCAUGGCUAGCUCUUGAGGCUCUUGGGGUUUCGCACAAGCUCAAUCCUCAUUAUCCCACUUUAAACAAGAGUGUUGUCACUAAUUUAAGCACCGGCGCAGUCCAAAUUUCGCCUUUCCCUCCAAAUCAAAGUGGACGAGUUGGACCAAAGACGGUGCAUCGGAAGGCCUUAUUGGAGGUUCUUGGUGAAGAAUUACCCAGGGAAAACAUCCGUUUCUCGUGUAAAAUAACUUCCAUAUCAACAGAAUUGGAUGGCCAAGGUUCCUCCAUUGCACUUCUCCUGAUGGAAGAUGGAAGUCAUAUCAAAGCCAAGGUGUUGAUAGGGUGCGAUGGGGUGCACUCACAGGUUGCUCGCUGGCUAGGACUUGGGGAACCAGUGGACUCGGGACGGUUUGGCCUAAGAGCUUUAUCAGUCUAUCCUCAAGGCCAUGGGUUGGAUCAUGAUGUUUUCCGUUUCACUCACACGGGCUUCAAUGGUGGUUUUGUUCCUUUCACCAAGACAGACCUUUAUUUGUAUCUAACUACCCUCAAGUCUAGAGAUUCAGGGGAGGAAGGCAUUACAGCUAAAACACCACCAGAAUUGAUCCAAAAAUAUGUAAUUGAACAUUACUGUAAAGACUUUCCACCAGAGUACUUAGACGUUGUGAAUCACGUAGAUGUGUCCACAUUGACAUGGGCACCCCUCAAGUUAAGACUCCCAUGGAAUGUCAUAUUCGGAAAACUAAGCAAAGGGACAAUCACCGUGGCUGGUGAUGCCAUGCACCCCAUGACACCAGACUUAGGCCAAGGUGGUUGCUGUGCCCUCGAAGAUGCUGUUGUCCUGGGCCGCUGCAUUGGCAACACUUAUCUCAAAAACGGACAAAAGCUGGUGUCAUCCGAGGUUGCUAAGGCCAUCGAUGAGUAUGUUGAGGCACGAAGAUGGCGUGUGGCAGGAGUGAUAACAGCCUCAUUUAUAUCAGGUUGGGUGCAAGAUGGUUCUUCAUGGCUGAAGAGAUUUGUUAGAGAUGCUAUAUUUUACAGGUUUUUUGCUCAAUAUGCUUCCACGGUCAUAAAUUAUGAUUGUGGAAGCUUGCCUAGAACCUCAGCUGAAUCAAAUCCAAAACAAGACUGAAAAGAGCUGUUCUGUAUUGUCUAUAAUGUUUGUGAAAAGUUGUACUUGAUUUGUUACAGAGACAUCUUGUCUUAAUUUAUAGAUUUUACGUGAUGAUAGACGUAAAAUGUAAGAAUAUUUUUUUAUGUUCAAUAAUAUUUUGUUCUUAUA